AAAGCGGGUGGAAGAGUCGUCAUUCUGUUUCUGAAGGCACUGAACCAGAAAAAGAACUAAAUUUGAUUUCCAUUUUUUUCAUACCAAGAAGAAGAAGUAGACUGAGACUAGAAGAAGCGUAAUGCGGGGAAGCGAUAUAGAUUAAAGAUGAGUUCUUUUCCUUUUCACAUAAACGCUUUGUUUCGGAUGCGGAAAUUGCUCUUCCUUCCUCAUAUCUUGAACCUCAGCGGAUGAUCAUGAGCUCGAGCAAUGAAGAAGAGAAAAAUUGCUCCUUUAUCAGGUCAAUUGCUUUACGUUAAGGUUGUUUUUUGGAAAGAUGAAAGUGGGACCUGAGAAUUUUCAAGAUUAUAGAUGCUUCUUGACAUUUCUAUCCAGUGACUGAAUAUGAUCAGUUGCUAAAAUAUAGAGCUUAUUUAUGAUUUUAUCUCUAAUUAAGAGUUAAAAUUUCUCUUUGAAAGGAUUAUCAGUCAUCUCCCAACAGCUUCAAUGCUAUAAGAUGGACCCUAGAUAUGAUGGCUUCCAGCCUGUUUCACGAACUGUAAUGCAGGACCACCUGGAUGGGGUGCAUGCUGGUAGGGGAGCGUAUGCCCCUAAUACAUCUGAAGUUAAACCUGUACUUAAUUAUUCCAUACAGACUGGUGAGGAGUUUGCACUCGAAUUUAUGCGUGACAGGGUGAAUCUCAGGAAGCCUGUAAUUUCCAGUGCUGGUGAUCCCAAUUCUGCAACAGUUCAUAGUAGUCGUGCAGGAUGUGAAAGUGGAUCAGAUAUUUCUAUGCGUGAAAUGGGUGGCAGGGAUCCAAAAGAGUAUGAUGGUAAGGAUACAUUAUUACAUGGAGGCAGAUGCAAUUAUGGAUCUAUUCAAUCAAUGCCAAGAACUUCAUAUAAUCAGGAAAAUGGUCGAUUUUUGCAUGGGUGUACCUCUUAUGGAAGUUCUGAUAGCUCAUCAAUGACAAUGAAAGUCCUUUGCAGCUUUGGUGGUAGGAUAUUACCACGACCUGGUGAUGGAAAACUUAGAUAUGUUGGGGGUGAAACACGCAUUAUCCGAAUAAGAAAGGACAUAUCUUGGCAGGAGCUUCUGCAGAAAUCAUUAUCAAUAUAUAGCCAAGCUCAUGUGAUUAAGUAUCAGCUUCCCGGGGAAGAUCUUGAUGCCUUGGUCUCUGUGUCAUCUGAUGAAGAUUUGCAGAAUAUGAUGGAGGAAUGUAAUCAACCGCAAGAUAGAGAAGGAUCGCAAAAGCUUAGAAUUUUUUUAUUCUCAAUGAGUGAUUUGGAUGAUGCUCAAUUUGGUCUCAGUAGUGUGGGUGAUGAUUCCGAGGUCCAGUAUGUUGUUGCUGUUAAUGGCAUGGACUUUGGUUCAAGAAACAACUCAGUGCUUCUUGGUGCGAGCUCUUCAGCAAAUGAUAUACGUGAAUUGGACAGGCAAAAUACUGAGAUGGAAGUUGGGAGGGUUCCUGUAGAAUCUAUAGGUGUUGGCAACACUCCAUUGACUGGGAAUUAUGACUCAUCACCAGCCAUUCAGUCUUCAAAACCUAUGCUUCCAACGUCGUCAAAUGCUCAUGAACCCUAUUCACUCUACAAAGACCAGAUGAUGCACCUUGGGGAGGCUUUUAGUCAAUAUCCUAUGCACCAUGGUCUUGAUCCUUCUCAAACCUUUACUUUCAUAGAGACUUCUAACGCCAUGCCUCCUCAUGGGAUGAUAUAUCAACAGGGGAUUUUGAAUGAAGGUUCUCCUAAUGGAUUAAAAGCACAGAAUUCGGAAAUACCUGCAAUGCUGGUGAAAAAAAUGGGUGAUAGUUCAGUUCCACAAGAUAGUAACCCCGCAAAAGUUCUAUCCUCAGAAACACCAUCCCCUGUUCCCACACAACCAAAAGAUGAUUUCUUGAACAAUAAUGUUAAUAAAGCUACGGUUGCAGUUAACAUACCUGAGGGGAAACUGCCCACACUGCCAUCAAUGAAAAAGGAGCAGCAACAGGAGUAUAAAGAGGCCCCUUCCACAUCAAGCAGUGCAUUUGGUCCUGGUAAUGUUGAUUCUCAAUCCAAUGGGAUUGAUUUAAGUUGCCUUCACCCUCCUCCAAUGCCUAAAAGAGUUUAUUAUUCUUAUUCUGAAAGAAUGCCUAGGGAGCAAGUAGAAUUGCUAAAUCGGUCUGCAAAGUCGGAUGACACGUAUGAUUCUCAGUUUCCUGUAUCAGAUUUACUUUCUGACAUCAAUCCCCUGUAUUCAGUCACUGAAUCUAGUGACAACUUGCACAAUAGAGGUCAGUCUAAUUUAACAGAGGAUUUAAGUGCCACAUCAAAACCACUGUAUGUAGAUGGCAACAUCAUUGUUAAUGGGCUUAACGAAGUGCAGAUGCACAAACUGUCACCUGAGAUGAGCGGUCAGAUAAGGUCAAAACCCUCAGAACAAGUGGAUGUGGAGUUGGAGCAGGUAUUAUCAAACGAUGAAGGAAGUAAAAUGGUGGUCAAUGAGGAUAAGGCCAUCGGACCUGAGACUGAUAUUUAUUUUGAAGAUAACCACAAUAAACCCCUGGUUGAUGAAAACAAGAACUUAAAAUCAGAUUUUCCUGCUUUGGAUCAGGCCCUUCCUUUUAAGCACAAUGAUGGUCCAACAUCUCAUCUUCCAGAGACUAAUCGGGGUCAUGGGUCAGGGAAAGAAUCGAAUGAUGAUUCUAUGGUGCAAGAAGUACCUGUUUCAUUGACUGGAAACACAACGGAAGACAUUUCUCAAGAUUUUACAUCAAAUGAUCUUCCCAAACAAGCACAGGCUGACAUUCUUAUUGAUAUCGAUGAUCGAUUUCCUCGCGAAUUGCUUUCUGAUAUGUAUACUAAAGCGAUACUUGCGGAAGACGCAUCUAGUCUGCAUCCACUAAAUAAUAUUGGAGUGGGUGUAAGCAUAAACCUGGAAAACCAUGAACCUAAGUCAUGGUCGUAUUUUGGGAAAUUGGCACGAGAAGGGCUAGAUAACAUCUCUCUUAUUGACCGGGAUCCUCUUGGUUUUUCACCUGAACCUGGAAAUGUAGAUGAUAAAACUCACCUUGUCACGCUGCUAACACCUGAUGGAAUAUCUGUAGACCAAGCAGAUUUGCAUCUCAAUUUUGAUGGGGAAAGUCAGAAGGGUUUUCAUGGAAUGAUUGGAACAGAAACCUCUUAUGUGCAGUCUAACUAUGAUCAUUCCCAAGUGAAGGAGACUGAAAGUAUGCAGUUUGAUGCCACAGUGGAGAAUUCAAGAGGUCAAGAGUCAGAAUUUGAGGAUGGGAAGUUUGAAACAAGAAAUAGUGGUCUACCUCCACUUGAUCCUUCUCUGGGAGGUUUUGAUAUCAGUACCUUACAGGUCAUAAAGAAUGAAGAUCUUGAAGAGCUGAAGGAAUUGGGUUCUGGGACCUUUGGAACUGUGUAUCAUGGAAAAUGGCGGGGAACAGAUGUUGCCAUUAAGAGAAUAAAGAAAAUCUGUUUCACUGGAAGAUCAUCUGAGCAAGAGAGACUGACUGUAGAAUUCUGGCGGGAAGCUGACAUCCUUUCCAAGCUUCAUCAUCCAAAUGUUCUGGCAUUCUAUGGUGUAGUCCAGGAUGGACCAGGGGGGACAAUGGCUACUGUUACAGAGUACAUGGUGGAUGGUUCUCUCAGGCAUGUAUUACUUCGCAAGGAUAGGUAUCUUGAUCGUCGCAAGAGGCUGAUAAUUGCCAAGGAUGCAGCUUUUGGAAUGGAGUAUUUGCACUCAAAAAAUAUUGUGCAUUUUGACUUAAAAUGUGACAAUUUGCUUGUAAACUUGAAAGACCCUGUGAGGCCAAUAUGCAAGGUUGGUGAUUUUGGCUUGUCAAAAAUCAAACGAAAUACAUUGGUUUCUGGUGGUGUGCGUGGAACCCUACCUUGGAUGGCUCCUGAGCUGCUGAAUGGCAGCAGCAACAAAGUCUCAGAAAAGGUUGAUGUGUUCUCAUUUGGCAUAGUAUUAUGGGAGAUUCUGACCGGUGAGGAGCCAUAUGCCAAUAUGCACUAUGGUGCAAUUAUAGGUGGGAUUGUAAAUAACACAUUAAGGCCAACAAUACCAAGUUCUUGUGAUGCUGAGUGGAGGGCACUAAUGGAGGAAUGUUGGGCACCGAACCCUGCAGCCAGGCCUUCCUUCACAGAAAUAGCCAGUCGCUUAAGGGUCAUGUCUGCUUCUGCUUCCCAAACCAAAUCACAGCCUCACAAGCCAACCAAAUGAGAUAGUCGUUGGAUUGCACUGAUACUGUAUGAGAUUUUCUUUAUUCUCAAAUUUUUGGUGGUACUCCAAGGAUGUAUGUUAGAGGUGGUGGCUAUCCAAGUACUAUACGCUGAUCCAAAUUUUUCAUGUAUAUCAACUGCAAAGAAGCUCAAAAGUUUUGCUUCUUGACUGCUUCAUAAUUUUCCGUUCAGAAGCCUGAGGGAAUGUCCUUACUCUCCUUUGCCACUUUGGUGGUAUUAGUUUUAUUAACCUUAAUAAAUUCCUAUGUAUUUUCGCUGAUUUUAAUUACCCAGCAAAAUCACAAAGUAUCAA